AUGUCGUUGUGUGUACUCAACGAGCCAGCGCCGGACAUGACGCUGACGGAUCUAGAGACAGGAGAACAGAAGCAGCUGCUGGAGCUGGUGGAGAGCUCGAAAAAAUACACGAUCUUGACGUUCUACGCCACUUGGAGCAAGGCAAGCGAACGUGAAGUUGAGACGAUGGAGAUUUUCAGUAAAGAUCGUCACAACAAACUGCUCAACUUUGUGCUGGGACCGCGUGUGUGUCGAUACUUCGGCAACGGGAAUGAACCCACCGUCGUGCAUUACGGUGCUGCUGAAGUUCCUGAACCGUACGGGCUACAGAGCGUCCCGCACACAGUUGUGAUCGACCCACAAGGGACUGUUCUCCGUAAUGGUGACAACUUCCACUGGGAUGACAUUGCUGCUCUACUACGCCAUCGCCAAGAAGUGACCGACCCAAGUUACUUGAAGAAAAUCAUGUCGUGGGCCCUCCCUCCGAUUACUGCUUGA